GAUCACCUCCUGAUCAUUUUGGGGCAUUCCAGGUCACUUCCUUUUCAUUUUGGUCCCUUCAAGUUUCUUUUUUGGGACAUUUGUUGUUUCUUCCUGUUUACUUUGGUCACUUCCUGUUGUUUUUAGGGAGUUUCUGGGUCUUACUUUGAUUUUGUGGAUAUCUCGAGGACGUUUUUUUCCCCCAAAAAUAACAAGUGAGUGUUCUAAGUGCCAUUGGAAAUGUAUGGGGAAAGUUUUGUUACAUUUUAGCCAAAAGCUGGCUGAUAACGUUUGCUUUUGCGAACUUGGAAAAGCACAAUUUACGGCAGACAUCUUGAAUUUAACGAGCUUCGGCACGACUCGGAGCAUACGAGGGAGUCAUUGUGCCGACUUGACGACCGGACAAAGCGGUCAUUCUGCUCCGCGGCCCACAAUUUUCUCUUUGUGCGUCUUUGCGCGCCCGCGGACGGCUGCGUAAUUGCGCGCGGACGGGUCGCGAAGGGACCGGGACACAAGGGGCGAUUGACACACGCCUCGCCGAUCGCGGCAGAAGUGGACGCCAUGACGCCGUGCGCCCGUAUAGUUGCCCUCCUGGCCUUCCUGAUGUUGACCUUCACACGACAAGGAGGCGCCCUCCGUUGCUACAAGUGCUCGGACUACACGGGCCGAUGCGAACGCGUCCAAGAGUGCACGUACGAGGACGCCUGCCUAACCAUCGGCGUACAAGGCGGCGAGACGGUGCGCCAGUGCAUCCGCUUCACGGACUGCGACAACUCUCGUCUGUCUCAGAUGUUCCCGUCCGUGGCGUCGUCCUUCUGGUACCGCUGCUGCAACAACAACCUGUGCAACUCCAGCGACGGCGCCCCGGGCCCGACUCGGCCCUCCGCGCCGUUGCUCGUGGGCUGGUUGCUCGCCGUCUCCGCGGCUUGCCUGUGAUGUCGCGCGUCCUCGCCAAUAGUUCAAUUCUUUCGUAGAGUUCAUGAAUAUUAAACCAGAUAUGAAAAGAUGUGCUGUGAGACAACGUUUGUCAAGUUGAUUACUUUGUAUUUUGGGGGCUGAGGGGAGAUAAUGUGAAGAUCCACAUACAUCAUAUCAUGUAGGCUGCAAUAUUAACAUUUGUUGACAAUCAAAAAAAAGAAAAAAACACAGGUAUGUCCCAAAAUGAUCAGGAAGUCAUUCAAAAUGAACAGGAAAUGACCCGGGAAUGCCCCAAAAUGAAAAGGAAAUGAUGCAAUACGAACAAUAAGGGACCUGGAAGUGCCAUGGAAUCAACAAGAAGUGACCCAAAAUGAACAGGAAGUGACCAAGGAAUCCCCAAAAGCAACAGGAAGUGAACCAAAAGGAACAGGAAGUGACCAGGAAAUGUCCCAAAAUCAAGGAAUGCCCCAUAUUUGAACAGGAAGUGACCAAAAAUGAACAGGAAGUGAUUAAGGAAUGUCCCAAAAUGGACAG